UUAACCUGAGGGAGGAGUCAGGGCGGUGCAGCACGCCGAGAGACUGACGCUGACAGCGUCCACAUUAGCGCACCUUUGGGACACAACGAGACUUUAUCUGUCCAUGUGGGAGACUUUAGGACUGAUGUAGACUCUGCUGAGGUUGUAGAGAAGGUUACUGCGCGUGCAGCUCUCCAGGAAGCGCCGCCAAAGCACGCGGACAGCCGUGGUUCCUCCGUGGUUCCUCCGUGGUUCACCAGGUGUUGGAGCAGCUGCUGGAUCACCGAGGGAGGAGCGGAGAGAUGGCUGCAGCAGAAACAUCCGUUCUUCAUGAGGACGUUCUUCUUCUAUCAGCUCCUCCAUACGAGUCUCAGUGAUGUCACGAUAUCCAACAACCAAACUGACCAAUCAUUGCUUCUACUACAGGUGCAGAGGCGGCCAGCAUGCCUAUGACCUGCAGGAAAGCGAUCUUUCUCUGUGUGAUGUUCUUCUGCCUCUUCAUGGUCGUCACAUGGAUGCACAGGCAAGACCAAAGCGGCCAGAAGAUCCGCAUCCCAACUGAGAGGUUUUGGCGCCAGACUGUCCUUAGCAAAUCCUUCUGGAACCGAGAGCAGCAGCUCCUGGACUUUGCCUACAACUCCAUCUUAAACUCUGCACACUCUGAUGGUGAUUCUGUCAUCGAGCUGCCUGAUUGGCUGAAUGAUACUGGACCGCUUGACAGCUGUGCGCCAGACCACAGAAUCCCCAUGCAGGUCCCAGACUACAACACCCUGCCUGAGCGCUUCCAGGAUUUCCUGUUGCACAUGCGCUGCAGGUCGUACCCUCUGCUGAUAAACCAGCCACACGUCUGCGAUGAAAAUCCCUUCCUGCUUCUUGUGGUUAAGUCUCUGACCUCGCACUUUGAUCGGCGCCAAGCUAUCAGGGAAACCUGGGGACGAGCGGGCGUCUUAGCCAAUCACACUGUAGCAGUGGUCUUCCUGCUAGGGAACACUAUACCCUCGGAUCACCAACCUGACCUGCAGGAGCUGCUGGUCCACGAGGCGGCGCUCCACAGAGACAUCCUUCAGUGGGACUACAGGGACACGUUCUUCAAUCUGACCGUAAAGGAGGUCCUCUUUCUACGGUGGUUCAACCAGCACUGUCCCCACGCCAGGUUCGUCCUCAAAGGUGAUGACGACGUCCUCGUAAACACGCCACAGAUCAUGGAGCUCCUGCAGAACAUGUCCGACAGCAGAGUGAAGGAUUUCUUCAUAGGGGACGUCAUCAAGAACGCCAGCCCUCACAGGAACCUGAAACUAAAGUAUUCUGUCCCGGAGAGUGUAUAUGUAGGGAGUUACCCGCCCUAUGCUGGAGGAGGAGGGUACCUCUUCUCUGGAGAGUUGGCGUUCCGCCUUUACACUACAUCCCAGCAGGUGGCGCUGUAUCCCAUAGACGACGUCUACAUAGGGAUGUGUCUGCAGAAACUCGGCGUGGUCCCUCAGAAACACUCAGGCUUUAGGACGUUUGGCAUCGACAAGAAACACAGAGACAACCCGUGCGUUUACCGCGGACUGAUGCUGGUUCACAGCCUGACGCCGCAGGAAAUGCUGAGCGUCUGGCCGUGGAUCAUCCACCCUGAGCUGGACUGCCAGUGAAGCUCUACAUUCAUCGGGCUCUUUCUGGAUAUGACUACCGUCAGCUGAAUCUGUUGUUGCUCACCACAGAUUCUAACAUUCUUUUCUGUUGCUUUUGGCUGGUUUCACUUGAAAACGAUGUUGGGCAACAGAGCCUCUGGUUGGUGACACUACCCAGUCUGCUUGGUCUCAUUGGCUAUUCAGAGUUUUUCUGUCAGAGUUAGUCUGGACUCAUAAAUAUCAAAUAUGUUUAAUACAGUGCUUUCCAAACUUUUUGCCCAAGGCACAGCUAAGGUUAAGCCAAAAUGUCAAGGCACACCAUAUUUAAAUCGAUACAAAAUAGACUUUUUAAGUAAUGUUACAGUCAAAGUGGCCCAUAAGUGGAGAUAAAGGAGAGAGCUUUCUGGGGCCCAGCCAACUGGGGGAUCAUGGAGAUGGCAAAAGUGGGCAAAAGGUGGCAAAAAUGGGUUAAAAGUGGUGAAAAAGCAUGAAAAAUUGGGUGAAAAUUGGUAAAACAAAGCCAGAAAUGGGUGAAAAUUGGUAAAAAAAAAGUUGCCAAAAAAUGGGUUGAAAUUGGCGAAAAAUUUGUUGAAAGUGUCGAAAUAGCGACAGAAAUGGGUAACAAGGGCCCUGAUGAAAGGGUUUAAUGUUGUAAAUAGGUGGUAAAAAUCAAAAAGGGGCAAAUUGGGCAAAAAAGUGGUCAAACAAAGGCAAAAGUGGGCAAAAUUGGCAAAAAGGUGGCAAAAUAGAUCACAGGUGGCAGGAAAAUAG